CUCUCUCUCUCAAACUACUACAAGAGAUGACGUCAUCCAACAGUUCUUCAUCACCAACAUCAUCUUCUUCGGACCAAUCUGAUGUAACUACAACAACAACAACAAGCACCCACUUGUCGGAAACUUCACCAAGAAACAACAAAAGAAAGAGAAGCAGCAGAGAUUCUUCAUCUUCUUCUUCUUCCUCUUCAUCUUCUUCUAAGCUCACGCAUCCUGUUUACAGAGGUGUACGGAUGAGAAGCUGGGGCAAAUGGGUCUCCGAGAUCCGGCAGCCACGUAAAAAGACUCGAAUCUGGCUCGGCACAUUCGCCACCGCAGACAUGGCGGCGCGUGCUCACGACGUCGCUGCUCUCGCCAUCAAAGGCUCCUCCGCCGUCAUCAACUUCCCGGAGCUAGCCUCUAUCCUCCCCCGUCCGGCGUCAUCUUCGCCGCAGGAUAUCCAAGCAGCUGCUGCUGAAGCCGCCGCCAUGGUGGUCGUGGACGGUGAAGCUUCAAAGACAGAGGUGGUGGAGGAAGCGCCACCGUCGCCGCCGGAAUCAUCUAAGGAGGAGGAGGAGGAGAGUUUGGAGGAGAUUGUGGAGUUGCCUAACAUUGAAGAAGGGAUGGUGAAGUCACAUGCUGAUCUGGAUUAUUCUGAGCCGUUGGAUUGUUGGAUGUAUCCACCUCCUCCGGGCAUGGAUCUCUAUGAAGAGUUCUUGGAGUUGGACUUCUUGGAGUUAUGGAGCUUUCCUAACACGGAACUGAUUAAUCCCUAAUUAGGUUUAAUUUGUAAGUUGCAUUUCAUGUAUUGAUAAGUACAUUUGUGUUGUCUUUUAUUUGUACGGAUACGUAGUAUAGGAAUUUGUAGUGGUAGUAUAUGUGUUGUAACAUACGGUACCAAGACUAGUAUACAGUUAUAGAAAUGAAUUUAUAUACUUAUAUUUUAUAUUUGUUUCUUGUCAUACAAUUAUUGUAGCUUGGUAAAAGAAAACAAUCG